GUGAGGCCAGAGGUGUUGGCUCUCCUAGAGCUGGAGUUGUAGGAGGUUGUGAACCACAUGACAUGGGUACUGGUAACCAAACUCAGGUCCUCUGCAAAAGCAGGGAGUGUGAUUAACUGCUGAGCUGUCUCUCCAACCCCUUGUCUUGAUUGUUGACACAGACCUUUAAAUCCAGCCUUCCUGCAUAGAUGUUAUGUAUUUCAUCGGUAUAGCGAUGUAGUCGUCCCUCUAGAAGUUCACUCUGCUGUCUUUUUUUUCUGUACCGUUACAGAGAUGAUACAUAAGAACAGCAACCACCCAUGCUGCUCCAUGCUAUUUGGAAUUCAUAAAUAAUAAUUCCGUUAUUAGCGGCUUUCAUGGUUAAUGAAGCACUUUCGCAUAUACCAUCCUCUGUGGCUCACAUAAAAGUCUCUGAGUGGAUAUUAUUGCUCCUGAUUUGUGGGAGGAUUAUCCAAGUCUUGGGGACUCCAUACCCAUGAUGGAGAGUGGAAGCGGAAUUUAAACUCUGGACUGUCAGGUUCCAAACUCUAUUGUCGUCUUUCUAUGACAUUCUGUUAACUUAUGGCGAGACGUUGCCCUUACAGGCAUGGCGAGAUUUAUUCUUGUAUGUAUGUUGAGCUGUGCUUGAGAUGGAGUUCCUGCCCCUUUGGCUUUGCCUGAGUUUUCACUUCUUGACUGUGGAAUGGAGGAGUGGACGUGGGACAGCUACUGCAGCUUCCCAAGGAGGCUGCAAGGCGGUCGACGGAGUCGCUGACUGUCGGGGUCUGAACCUCGCUUCAGUACCCAGCAGUCUUCCAUCCCAUUCCCGGAUGCUCGUUCUGGAUGACAACCCUCUCAAGGUCCUGUGGAAUCAUUCCCUCCAGGCCUACCCACGCCUGGAGAACCUCAGCCUGCACAGCUGUCACCUGGACCGUAUCAGCCACUACGCCUUCCAAGAGCAAGGCCACUUGCGAAACCUGGUUCUGGCAGACAACCGCCUCUCUGAGAACUACAAGGAGUCAGCCGCUGCUCUCCACACCCUGCUGGGACUUCGAAGACUUGACUUGUCUGGAAACUCCCUGACUGAAGACAUGGCAGCUCUUAUGCUUCAGAACCUCUCCUCACUGGAGGUUGUGUCCUUGGCAAGGAAUACUGUCAUGAGGCUCGACGACUCUGUCUUUGAGGGCCUGGAACACCUCGUGGAGCUGGAUUUGCAGAGAAACUACAUCUUUGAGAUUGAGGGUGGUGCGUUUGAUGGCUUGACUGAGCUCAGGCGUCUCAACCUCGCCUACAACAACCUCCCCUGCAUUGUGGACUUCAGCCUCACCCGGUUACGGUUCCUUAACAUCAGUUAUAACAUCCUGGAGUGGUUCCUGGCAGCCAGGGAGGAGGUGGCCUUCGAACUGGAGAUGCUGGACCUGUCUCACAACCAGCUGCUCUUUUUCCCACUCCUGCCUCAGUGCGGCAAGCUGCACACCCUCCUGCUACAGGACAACAACAUGGGCUUCUACAGGGAGCUUUACAACACCUCCUCCCCACAGGAGAUGGUGGCCCAGUUCCUUCUCGUGGAUGGCAAUGUGACUAAUAUCACAACCGUCAACCUCUGGGAAGAGUUUUCCUCCAGCGACCUGUCAGCACUUCGCUUUCUGGACAUGAGCCAAAACCAGUUCCGGCACCUGCCAGAUGGUUUCCUGAAGAAAACACCUUCCCUCUCCCACCUGAACCUCAACCAAAAUUGCCUGAAGAUGCUCCACAUUCGGGAGCACGAGCCGCCGGGAGCACUCACGGAGCUGGAUCUGAGCCAUAACCAGCUGGCAGAGCUGCACCUGGCGCCGGGGCUCACUGGCUCCCUAAGGAACCUCCAAGUGUUCAACCUGAGUUCCAACCAGCUCCUGGGAGUGCCCGCUGGCCUUUUCGACAAUGCCAGCAGCAUCACUACAAUCGACAUGAGUCACAAUCAGAUCUCUCUUUGUCCCCAGAUGGUGCCGUUAGACUGGGAGGGGCCCUCCAGCUGUGUGGAUUUCAGAAACAUGGCCUCUUUGAGGAGCCUUUCUCUGGGUGGCUGUGGGUUGAAGGCAUUACAAGACUGCCCAUUCCAGGGGACCUCACUCACUCAUUUAGACCUGUCGAGCAACUGGGGGAUUCUGAAUGCGAGCAUCAGCCCUCUCCGGGCUGUUGCCCCUACGCUACAGGUCCUGUCUCUCAGGGACGUGGGCCUUGGUUCUGGUUCUGCAGAGAUGGACUUCUCAGCGUUUGGGAAACUGAGGGAGUUGGAUCUGUCAGGGAAUUCCCUAACCAGCUUCCCAAGGUUCCAGGGCAGUUUGGCCCUGCGGACUCUCGACCUCCGCAGAAACUCUCUCACCGCCCUUCCUCAGAGGGUUGUGUCCGAGCAGCCUCUAAAGGAUCUGCAGACCAUCUACCUCAGCCAGAACCCUUAUGACUGCUGUGGGGUGGAGGGAUGGGGUGCCCUGCAGCACUUCAAGACUGUUGCCGACUUAUCCAUGGUCACGUGCAACCUCUCUUCCAAGAUCGUUCGUGUGGUCGAGCUGCCGGAAGGCCUGCCUCAGGGCUGUAAGUGGGAGCAGGUGGACACCGGUCUCUUCUACCUCGUGCUCAUCCUGCCCAGCUGCCUCACCCUGCUGGUGGCCUGCACCGUCGUCUUCCUCACUUUUAAGAAGCCUUUGCUUCAGGUCAUCAAGAGCCGCUGUCACUGGUCCUCCAUAUACUGACCCCUGUGCCAAGGCUAGAGACCUACCUGGUUUGUGUCUCGAGGAUGCUUCUCUCCACUGGAUCUUCACUUCUCGCGGGGGUCGAGUGUGAUGUGUUGAAGGUUAAACUAAAAUUUGAAAGAGUUUCCAUCCUCAGUCCCAUUAACUUCUCCCACCCUUGUGAUUUAUCCUCAUUGUCCUGGUGAAAUAUUUAUUAAAUGACAUUCUGUGAGAAUAAAGGGUGCAUCUCAUAAAUAUAUUAAAAAAUCAAAUGCA